AUGAACAAAUAUGGAUUAGUGCUUGGAAUUGGUGCAGAUAUUCUCCAAUCAACAAGAAUAGCACGACUAUUAACCAAGAGCCCUUCAUUCGUAUCGAAAUUCUCGAAACGGAUCCUACAUCCAACAUAUGAGUAUCCUAAACUUGAGAAGUUAGCUCAAUCACAGCAGGUUCAAUAUCUAAGCGGUGCGUGGUGUGCUAAAGAAGCCGUGUUCAAGACAUUAGACUUACCUGAUCAGAAACAAUUUGAGUUUAAACUGUGGUAUAGAUACUAUGACUCCAAUGGCAAACCCUAUAUCAAGAAUGACAUGUAUAAACAUUCUGAUGAAGAAUUCCAUCUAAGUAUAUCUCACGAUGAUUCGAUAGUCAUGGCUACGGUACUACGACAAAAAAUCAUAAAUGUCUAA